ACAGAGGAACAAGUGAGAGGGAAGAGACGUGGGCGAAUGUGUCAGUGUACCAAAAGGAAACCUUUCCAGACAUUGUCAGAUGACGUCAGCAUCACAAAUUACCGCUGUGCGCGUGCUGGAAGGGCUAUAAAAGCCAAGGGACUCCUCGGUUCAUUCACAUUCAAGCGUCAGCCGCGGUGAAACGCAACACUUCAACAAGGAUGUUUUGCACGUAUGUUUGCGUUCUCCUGGCCGUGAGCGGAGGGGCUUUGAGUUCUCUGCCGGACAAACAGAGCGACCUGGGCUUGAAGGUCUUCGCCAGCUUGGCCUCGUCGGACCGCAACUUGGUUUUCUCCCCUUACGGCGUUUCGUCCGUUCUGUCCAUGGCGCAACUGGGGGCGGCGGGGAACACUCGUAAGGCCAUGACCGAGGCCAUGGGCUUUUCCCUGCAAGAGCGAGGAAUGUCUCGCCAGCAGCGCCUGAUUCAACAUGAGCUCCAUUCCGAGGAAGCUUUGGAGAUGGCUUGCGGAGUCAUGGUGGAGAGGAAGAUGAGCAUCGAGAAGGGCUACCGCCGUGCCUUAUCUAAGGCUUUCAGAAGCCACCCCCACCAGGUGGACUUCACCAAGCCUGACCAGGCGGUGGACAUCAUCAACGCCUGGGUUUCGGACCACACCGCAGGCGCCAUUCCCAAGUUUUUGACGCGGGGAUCUCUGAGCGACGAGACCCGCCUGGUGCUUCUCAACGCCCUCCACUUCCAGGGACUGUGGAAGGUUCCUUUCGACCCUAAGUUGACUCACGAGCGGAUGUUCCACAGCGCCAACGGCAGCGUCACGCCCGUUCACAUGAUGACGCUAACCAACCGCUUCAACUACGGGGAGUUUGUGACCGCUAGCGGAGAGGACUACGACGUAUUGGAGGUCCCAUACGAAGGCGACUCGCUGAGCAUGCUCCUGGUGUCGCCGUUUGAGGCCGACGUGCCGUUGAGAGCGCUAACCGCCGACCUCAGCAGCCAAAGAAUGCGGGAGUGGAGAGCCCAGCUCAGAAGCGUUCGGAGACAGCUAACAAUGCCCAGGUUUACUAUCAACUCAGAAGUAAACUUGAAGGCGGCGCUCAUCAACAUGGGCUUGGGUAACAUGUUCAAUCUCGCCACCGCUGACUUCAGCCGCAUUACCACCGACGAGAGGCUUUGCGUGUCCAAGGUACUGCAGACGGUCAAGUUCGAGGUCAACGAGCGGGGAACUAAGGGCGCGGCGGCAACAGCCGCUGUGAUGUAUUCUCGGAUGGCGGUGGAGGAGCUGACCUUGGAUCGACCUUUUCUCUUCUUGAUCCAGCACAAACAGACGGGGGCUAUUUUGUUUAUGGGCCAGUUCAAUCAUCCGGCUUAGCUAGCUAGCGCUACUUCCACUGUGCGCCACCGACUACUGCUGGUCACCUUAAGAUCAAAUCAGGAUUUUACUGACAUGACACUGAUGCACUUCUACCCGUUUUCCUUAUUGUCUUAUUGCCAUGCUGUAUUGUAUAUAUGUUGUAUUUAUUAAAAGAUGUAUAUUGUUAUUUUCAUUCA